ACAAAUAAGCCCGCUACAGUACGAGUUAAGUGUAUCUCGUGGAACGUGCUGGGGUCUUACACUAGCUGUGCUCGAAUUGUCGAUAAACGUGUAGGCAUCUGUGCUCGAGUUGGGCAGGAUCUCUCGACGCCUUGCUGUAGAAUGUCAAGUUUGUUUAUUCCUGUGGCAUUUGUAAUACUGUCAGGAUGGAUUCUUGACGUUUCUGACUCUCUCCCUGCUCAUGUGCGGAUGAUAAGAGAGGCGCCAGGUGAACGACUUGAACCAGGUCUCAGUGGGAUGCCAAGAGGAGAAUUUCAUCACGGAUCAGCAGAUGCCGCACUCGCACUCUCGUCCCACACUAGACACCAUCCAGAAGGAGACCUGACCUUAGGCAGAGCUGCUGCAGGUCUUUCUUCUGGAAAAUCUGGGCAUAUGGACGGACACCUUACUGGCGAACAUCAUUUGAGUGGUCAUUUAGGACAAAGUCACCACAGAGGAGGUGAACUGGAAGGAAGCGGCCAGAUAUCUCUUCCUGGUAGUGGUGGCGUAGACCUGAAAAAGGUAUCAGGCGAGAUCGAAGGAAAUAUGGGUCAUGGAGUUAUUGCUUCCGAAGGCAAUGACCUAGACAAAAAAGCCGUAGCAUUAGAAGUGCUUCGCCGUAUGUCAAUGCAGAAUACCAAAGGUGGAGGUACAGCCGCAAUUCCAUCUGGUGGACUUCAUGCCCACGGCAUUGAUGGGCACAGUGCCCAUGGCGGCAGAGUAGAGGGCAACCCACAUGGAGGCGCACAUAUUUCUGGAGGAGGGCUGCCUGGGGGUAUUCAUGGCAACUCUCAAGUACCCCAAGCUGAUCCGUCAUCCAUUGGUCUCAGUGGAAGUGGACAUAGUAUUUCGAGCGCUCACUAUGGUGCCCCAGGGGGCAGCGCAGCUGGACUGGAACACAUGAGUGGAGGACAAGUCCAUCACCCAGCAGCUGUAACAGGAGGCCACAAAGAAAGCUCCACAGGCCCUGCUGCCGGAGGAUUAGGUGUUGCUUCUGGGGGGCAACAGGAAAUAGUAGGCGAACUUUUGGAAAUGUGGGCGAAAAUUGGAGGUCCUGAAAUGCUUGGUAAGAUAGCAGCAAUGAGUCAGAACAUGCAUGGAGUUGGUGCUGGUGCACUUCCAACAUUCUCUUCUCAUCCUCCACCACCAGGAGCUCCGACAGUUGGAGGUUCUGGCACCUUGGGAGGAUAUACCCAAUCUUUCACGCGCGGUGAAGUUUCUCGAGGAGAUGCGCGACAUAUGACAAGCGCAGGUAGUGGAGCAAUAACGUAUAGUGGAGCUAGCAGUAACGCUUCUCAGCCAACGGAGAUAGUGUACGUUAUGAUGAUGCCAGGAUCUGGUGAUAUGCCUAAAGGCCCUCCCCUGACAGGUUCAGUGUCCGCCUCAGGUGGUAAAAACGCAGUGAUGGGACAACUUCCAUUCGCCUACGGCAGUGGUGCUUACGCAACAUAUAAUACUGCAGGAACUUACAAAAUGGCACAAGGUGCUGUAACACCUGGAGCUGUCAGUUACACGGCGAUACCUGUGGGCUAUGUCGCUACGAGGGGGUAUUCCGUGCAAAGCAGACCGAUGUACUAUAGUGGAACGGCUAGACCUAGAGGCAGCACAUACACUGCAUGGCCAAUGACAUAUGGAGUGGCAGGAUCUAAACCGUACUCGACGCUUGCCUACACCGCCGUCCCUGUUGGCCAGUUGGUGACCGCCAGGGCUCAGCAUGGUGUGAGACCCGCAGCAACUGCCCAAGCAGCCUAUUAUACGGUACAAGGAGGCAGGACUGUGGCGACUACGCAGCAGCGACCAGCAGGUGGUGUGACAUAUACAGCCCUCCCAGCCGUCGUGAUGCCCGCCCAGACGUACAAAGUGGCCUCUGGAUAACCCCCUCCACAUAUUAGCAGCAGGUGCAGUUAAGAGACGUUGCAGCGACGCCACAAGAAGAAGCGAAGUUUUAUUACAUUAUUCACUUGCUAGACGAAGUACCUGAAAAUCAGUAACAAAUUAUCAAACAACUGUGUGAUGUUUUUUUCUGCAGAGACGAAAUAAAGCUCUUCGAACUA